UGUUUAAACCCUCAGCCAAGGUUUUUCCCUUCAUACUUUAGCUGUAGUCAGAACCAGGCUGCGUGCACUACAAAUCCCAGAAUCCUCUCGUCCUCCAUCCAUUGCCUGCUGUGACCGGUGGGGCUGUGUAGCCCACUAGUCUCUCGGAGACAUAGUAUACAGAUAAAUAUAUGCAGCUUUAAUGGAGAGUGCUGCGUACUCACCGCUGUGUUCGCACCGACACCUGCUGUAAUAAUAAUAGUAACUAUGGCCGGACACAGGAACGCUUGGUUCCCGCCCUUGUUUCCCCCGGUAAGGAAGACGUGCUGCCACUGCAGGUGCCUGGCCUAGGGAGUCACUGCGUGCAGCCACCGGGUAACUUAUAGCCCUGCAAGUCUCACUACACAGCAGCCAUUGGAGGGUAAGCCAGCUCACCGAGCACAACAAAACCGUGAACGAUGUCUCAUCCAAGCGGCCCAAUUGAGGUGGAACGUAAAUUUGUCCCAGGCCCAGAGGUGGAGGACCAAUUGCUUACUCUGGGAGCUGUGCUGCAAGAUGAAAUGAAGUUCCAAGACUCAUACUAUGACAGUCCUGAUCUACGUUUGACUCUAGCAGACAUGUGGCUGCGCAAGAGAGCAGACUCGUGGGAGCUGAAGCACCCUUUAGUUCGGGGUGCCCGUGGAUUGAAUGGCACCUCUACCCAAUAUCAGGAAUUAAAUAAUGAAGCUGAAAUUAUCUGCCGGGUAAGCGAAGAGUUAGGAGUCCCAUGUCCCCACAACUUGGAAUCUCUGCAACUUGAAGAGUUUGCAAGAUUUGUGACGACAAGGCGUAAAUUCCUGUUACCUCUAGAUGAUAACAGUAACCACAACGUGGUAGUGGAUCUGGACAUGACAGAUUUUGGCUUUGCAGUUGGAGAAGUGGAGGUUCUGGUACAGACAAAAGAAGAGGUGCAAAGUGCAUUGGUGAAAGUGGAUGACAUCUGCAAGAAACUAGGUGUAUUCAGCAUUUCUCCAGUGCCAGGAAAAAUGUCAACCUUCCUGAAAAGGAAUCGAGAAGAACAUUACAGGAAACUGCUUGAGGUCCAUGUUCUAUGAGCCACACUGUCCUGCAGAGACCUUUACAUGAACAAGGUUAUUAACAAAAGUAAGAAUUCUUAGUGAAUUUCAAAUUUAAGGUCAAAAUAGCGGAAUUAAAAAAUUUAAGUGAGUGCUGCAUUCAGUUUAUCUACUGUGGCCUUAAAGGGACACUCCAGGAACCCAGACCACUUCUGCUGGUCUGGGUGCCAACUCCCACCACCCUUAACCCUGCAAGUGUAACCAUUGCAGUUUUUAUAAACUGCAAUAGUUAUCUUACAGGGUUAAGUCCUCCUCUAGUGGCUGUCUAUUAGAUUAGGUGGGGGUAAGUAACCCUGAUAGUUUACCAAUUGUUAAGUUCCAUCUUCAAGCUACUAUAUGCCAUGAAUAAAAACCACUGAUCUUUUAAUAUAAAUAAA